GUUAACAACACAGCUGACCAAUAAAGCCGUGUCGGUGCUCGUGGGAUUCAUUCAAUAUCCAUUUAAUCACUCAUUUUCAUGAAAUUCACAGCGCGCAUCUAUAACCGCUGAUGCGUAAAGAUCCGUGCGUAAAACUCAAAAUAAUCGCCACUGCUCUGCCAUAGGAUGUCAGAGAGGAUUUAUUUCGACUUGAAAGCUUCAUUACUGAAAGAGUGAUUGACACGGAGCGGAUUUGAUGGAGGCAGUUUGGUGACAGCGACACUUUCUCUCCGGACUUUCACAUUGGAUUGGCACCGCAGCGCCUUUAAACCAUCUGGACUUUUUUUUAAUGUUUCAGCAGAGAGGAGAGCUGAUCCUGUAUCUGCAUGGGACCCUGACAGUUUUGGAUCUCUUAAUUGUCACGGCUAUCACCUUCUAUGUGUCACAAGAGGGGGAUAAAACCGAUCUGAAAUCUCCAUCAGGAGGAACUUUAUUUCCGAGAGCUUCCAGCAGCGAAUCAGUGGAGUAUUCAUGAAGCAAUAUUUGAACUAUUACAAGAUGAGGCUGAGAACAUCGAGGUUAGGUUAUCUGUUACUUCAGUUCACGGCGCUUUGCUUUUACGCACAGAACACUGUGCAGUCCCCUCCGAAUUUCAAGCACCAUGUCACCGAGCAGAGCCGGCUGUCGGACCGGAUGAGCCGCAGGUUGACUCGGACCUACCAGCUGUACAGCCGCACCAGCGGGAAACACGUCCAGGUCCUCGGCAACAAGCGGGUGAACGCCAACGGAGACGACGGAGCCGUGCACGCUAAACUGGAGGUGGAGACGGACUCUUUUGGAAGUCGUGUCCGCAUUAAAGGGGUGAAGACAGGAUACUACAUAUGUAUGAACAAGAGGGGGAAGCUGAUCGGCAAGCGGAAAGGACGAGGCAAAGACUGCAUCUUCACUGAGAUUGUUCUGGAAAACAACUACACGGCACUGCAGAACGCCAAGUACGAGGGCUGGUACAUGGCUUUCACACGCAAGGGCCGUCCGAGGAAGGCCUCCAAGACCAAGCAGCACCAGAGAGAGGCCCACUUCAUGAAGCGUCUACCCAGGGGGCACUUGCUGAGUGAGAGGAGACCGUUUGAUGUCCUUCCUCUGCGUGUCCCCGCACACCCUUUGAGCAAGCGGACUAAACAUUCCCAUCACCAGCGCCCAGGGGGCCGCUAAGGACUAAAACCACUGAGGGAGAACUGUGGAUGAACCAGCACAGAAGAACCACUACAAGGGGAAACAAGUGCUCUCAGAGAAAUUAACUUUUACAGUCAAGUGCCCAUACACUUUUUGCCUCAUUUUGUGGACUUUGUGUAAUUCUUUGUACUGGAUUGUAUGUAACCAUUGACUAUCUAAUCUGCUAGUUAUUUUCAAUUCAGACAGACUGUAGGACAGAUUUUUACUUAUUAAAUCGAGGGGCAUUUAAAGUACGAUGUUUUCAUGAAUGAAAACCUCUGGUUAGAUGUUAGCCAGCUCUACAACAAAGAAUGUUUAAAAGAGAAAUG